AAAAUCUCCCCUAUUCUUUCAUCCUACAGCACCACCAGUUAUCACAGUUGGCCUGACUAACGAGGCUGGUAUUGAAGGGGGCACUGCAAUCUUCUACUGCAAGGCGACGGGUGACCCCGCCCCAACGUUUCAGUGGUACCGAAGCAAGAAGAGGGUGCGUGGAACUCGUUUUGAGAUCGUUGAGAUGGAGGGAGGAUCCGUGCUGAGGAUAUCGCCCCUUCGAAUUAAAGGUGGUAGCGGUGACCAUGAACACCCGGUGAUGUGUGAGGCAACCAACGAAGAUGGCAGAGCCACAACGCAAGCAAGGCUGAUGGUUUACGAAGAGGAAAAAGUUCCAGCCGGUUACCCCGUGAUUACCCGGGACCCGCGGCGCUAUCUGGUGGUGGAGAACAACCGGCCAGCAACCAUCUACUGCGAGGCCAUCGGCAACCCAGCGCCUGUGAUCACCUGGUUCAAAGACUCUGUACCGCUGGAAUCUGAUGACAGGGUCUACACGAUGGAAUCUGGUCUUCAAUUUUCCCGGGCACAACUGUCUGAUCAAGGUCGCUAUGAGUGUGCUGCAAAGAACACUGAAGGAACCCGCUAUUCUAUGGAGUCACAAGUCUAUGUUAAAGAACGUCAAGUGGAGCCUCGUUUUACCAUCACGCCUUCCAACCAGGAGGUGGUACCUGGAGGCAGCGUGAACCUGACCUGUGUGGCCUACGGCUCCCCCAUGCCUAGGGUACGAUGGAUGAAAGCCGGUAUGGACCUGGACGACAUGGGUGAUCUUCCAAUUGGGCGCAACGUCCUGCAGCUGACCGACAUCUAUGAGACGGCCAACUACACCUGCGUGGCAACGAGCCUUCUGGGGACCAUUGACACCUCGGCCAGGGUUACAGUGAGAACUCGCCCCAAUGUACCCAGUCCACCCGUGGUGACCGGCUACACCUCUUCCUCGCUGACGGUCGAGUGGAGCACCCUGGCCGGGGACACCAUCACCUCCCACGUCCUUCAGUACAAACGAAGCCGAUCGAGCGGUUCCUACACUGAGGUGGAAAUACAAUCCGCGCAGGAUACGUCCUUCACGAUAGAAGACCUUCUGCCGUACACGGAGUAUUCCGUACGCAUUGUGGCUGUCAACAGCAUCGGGAGGAGCGACUCUAGCGAUGAAGUUACUGCCAUGACGGGAGAGGAUGUACCCGGUUCUCCGCCUAUAGAGGUCAGGGCACGCCCCCUCAGCGGCAGCACAAUCAUCGUCCAGUGGAGUGCCCCCACCACUCCGAACGGUGUCAUCAAGGGGUACAACGUCUUCUACACCACCAACCCCAACAGCGACCCCGAGUCCUGGUUCCACGUCUCCGUGGAUGCUGGUCGCUCCCUGACCACCAUCAGUGAUCUGGUGACCAUGCAGAUCUACUCGGUCAGCGUUUCGGCCUUCACCGUGAAGGGAGAGGGACCAACCUCGCCACCCAUCCAGGUCAAGACGCAACAAGGAGUUCCAAGCCAGCCAGAGCAAUUUGAGGGUGUGGCCAUAUCAGCCUUCCAGAUCCGUCUGACGUGGAUGAUGCGUGACACGGAACCCCAAAUUGUCCGCUAUGAGCUUUACUACAAUGUCUCUACUUCCGACAUGCACAAGACCAUCACUCCGACCACAGACUAUGUCCUUGGUGACCUUCGACCCAACACCCUUUAUCACAUCCGACUGGCUGCACGCUCGGAGACAGGUGAGGGCGCCAGCAGCCCUGUCAUCACUGUCAAAACACAGCAAUCAGUCCCCGGUGCUCCACCCCAAGAGGUGGGGGGCACGGUCCUGAGCUCUACCAGCAUAGAGGUGCGGUGGAGCCCCCCUCCGGAAGAGGACCAGAACGGGGACAUCACCGGCUACAAGAUCGUUUACCGCAAGAUGUCGCUAAUCAGCACCAAUGACCCUGAGAUGACAGUACAGGUGGAAGCCGAUGACAGAUCGUACGUUCUCGAAGAUCUUAGCAAGUACACGCUCUACGAUAUCAGCGUCGUGGCAUGCACAGCCAUCGGGGAUGGUCCCCCGUCCGAUUCUUUAUCCAUUCGUACUGCGGAGGAUGCACCUGAGGGUCCUCCUAGGAAGGUCCGAGUCCGUGUCUUCAACUCGACGACGAUCAAGGUCCAGUGGCAGGCUCCGGAUCCAGACCUCCAGAACGGCGAGAUCCGUGGAUACCGCAUCGACUACCAGACUGUAACAGAGGAAGGUGAUCCAAUCGGCUCACCGCAGGUUGUCUUUGUUAAUCAGCCGGAUCUUAGGGAAGAUACAGAGGAUCAGGUUGCUGUGCUGAGUGAUCUUCUGCCCAAGACAUUCUACUCUGUGGAGAUCGCUGCUUUCACUGUCCGGGGAGAUGGGAUUCGAAGUACGACAGAGAUCCAGCAAACACCGGGAGAAGUUCCCACCACCCCGGUGAACUUCGUCGUAGAUCGUAACCAGGAUGAUACCUACACUGCCAGUUGGUCUCCACCAGUGGAGACCCACGGUGACUUGGUGACCUACAGGCUCAGCUACGGACCGGAGAAUGGACGCUCUCUCUACCUGGAUCUCAGGCCAAGCGAGUCACAGUCCUACACCUUUGAUGAUCUCAGGUUGGGUACAAGAUAUGAGUUCAGAUUGACCGCAUCCAAUGAAGAGGGAAGUAGCAAUGAAGCCAUCUUCUACUAUACUACACGGGAAGGAACCCCCUCUGGCACCCCUAUGAACGUAACCGCUGAGCCCGCCUCCAGUAGCUCCCUGCGCGUCUCCUGGGAUCCGCCCCUGGAGGAGGAACGCAACGGCCUGAUCAUCAAGUACACCGUCCGAUACUACUCUUCCGCCAUGCCCCAUGAGCUGACCAACCGAACCACCGAGACGUGGAUGCUCCUGACCGGUCUGGACGCUAACACGGCUUAUUCCGUGGAGGUCAGGGCUCACACCGCUGUCGGACCUGGGCCUUACAGUACCAAGGAUAUUGCCACUACACCAAGGGAAGCUCCUGCCGGUCCUCCCCUUGAUCUGCACUGUGCUGCUCCCCAUGGCACCCAGCUUGAGGUCCGUUGGAACCACCCCAGCAACAUCCAACGCUCGGGCCCUGGUUACAACUACCGCGUCUACAGCACCACCAGUGCUGACAACACGGAACCCAGCAGUUGGGGGCGCCCUGUAUCGGCAGGAGAGUUCACUACGCUAGAGCUCCGGGGUCUGCAGGAGGAGACUACGUACUACUUGGCUGUCAAGUUGGAUACGCCGGAAGGGAAUUCCCCAUUUUCUCAGAUUAUAACCUGUCUUACGGGAACAUCAGCUCCAUCAGAGCCAAGAUCAUUUGAUGCCCACAUUGCUCCUGAUAACACCAUCAGUCUUGUAUGGGCCGAGCCCAGUGAUAUCCCAGGCAAGCUCAAAGAUUAUGUGAUCAAGUAUCGUACUAGCGAUGAUUUCAGGAGGGAGUACCCCAAUUACUACGAUGGCGGCGGCGAGAUCGAGAUUCUUGCCACUGAGAAUCGUGUAUCUUUGGAUAGUCAGCUGUUCCAACCCAACAUGGAGUAUGAAUUCAAUAUCACAGCCAGGACAGAGGCUAUUAGAGGGCCACCUGCUACUAUUUUAGUUAGAACCAGGAUACAAGCUCUGCAGCAUAUACCAAAGCCUACCAUCCAGAACAACACAAUGAAUGGACAAAGUAUCAAGAUAGCACUGCCCAGGAUUACCCAGAAUGCCGCCCUCUUAGAUUACCUGUACAUCAUCGUCAUCCCACUGAGCCGGAACAAAAAUGGCGAGCCCGUCCCCUUGAGCAUCUCCCCGAAUGACAUCCGGACGGAAGACCUCGUCAUACCGUCCCGCGGCAGGAGGAGCGUACGUCCUCGCAGUCGCAGGGCCGUCGCCCCCGAGAUGCAACCGUACAUCGCAGCCAAGUUGACCGGGGAGGACAUGCCGGAGACGUUCGUGGUCGGGGACGGGAGCCAGGUGAAUGGGUACAGAAACAAGCCCCUGAAGGAGGGCGAGUUCUAUACCAUCUUUACCAGAGCGGUUAUUCUCAGUGAGAAUGGGACCAAGCUUGAGACCUCAAGUCCGUUUGCAUCUCCCAUCAAAGCCAAGCUGCCCGUCUCCCUUCCACAGGAGACUCCUAAAUCCGAUGACCUUAUGAUCAUCAUCGCUGCAGCCGUCGGUGGCGUAGUCGUCCUCCUGCUGCUCGUCCUUCUCAUCAUCUUUGUUCUCAGACGACGGGAUCCCCGGCCUCCGAGUACAAACAAGAGAAAAGAGAAUACAGAGAGCAACCUGGCAGACCCUGUCGAGAUGAGGAGACUCAACUACCAGACUCCAGCCAUGAUGUCCCACCCGCCAAUCCCAGUCUCCCAGUUCCAAGAGCAUAUAGAGAGGUUAAAGGGCAACGAUAGCAUGCUCUUCUCACAAGAAUAUGAGUCCAUAGAGCCAGGCCAGCAGUUCACCUGGGACCACUCCAACCUAGAGACCAACAAGCCCAAGAACCGAUACGCCAACGUCAUCGCUUACGACCACUCCCGGGUCAUUCUCUCCCCCAUGGAGGGGUUGCCUGGCAGCGACUACAUCAACGCCAACUACUGCGACGGGUACCGCAAGCAGAACGCUUACAUCGCCACACAGGGGCCACUCCUGGAGACGAUGGCAGACUUCUGGAGAAUGGUGUGGGAGCAGAGGACGAACACCAUCGUCAUGAUGACCAAGCUGGAGGAAAGAAAUAGGGUUAAAUGUGACCAAUACUGGCCAAGCAGGGAUCAAGAAAAAUAUGGUUUUGUACAGGUCACCUUACUAGAUACAACAGAGCUAGCUACUUAUACUGUCAGAUCAUUUGCCUUGGUUAACCUCAAGAACCGCUCGAUGGAGAAGAGGGAGGUGAAACAGUUCCAGUUUACAGCCUGGCCGGACCAUGGAGUUCCAGAGCACGCAACAUCAGUCCUAGCCUUCAUUAGUAGAGUCAAGUCCUGUAACCCGCCAGAUGCAGGACCAAUCGUAGUGCAUUGCAGUGCCGGUGUCGGGCGUACCGGGGCCUACAUUGUCAUUGACUCCAUGCUUGAGCGCAUCAAGCACGAGAAGACGGUGGACAUCUAUGGUCAUGUGACCUGCCUACGUGCCCAGCGUAAUUACAUGGUGCAGACAGAGGAACAGUAUAUCUUCAUCCACGAGGCCUUGUACGAGGCGGUGGCCAGCGGGACCACGGAGGUCCACGCACGCAACCUCUACGGUCACAUCCAGAAACUGACGGCAUUGGAGCCAGGAGAGACCAUCACUGGUAUGGAGAAUGAAUUCAAGAGGUUGGCCAGCCAGAAAGCCCAGCCAUCACGAUUUGUCAGUGCCAAUAUUCCUGCAAAUAAAUUCAAGAACAGAUUGCUCAACAUCCAGCCAUAUGAAGGUAAUCGUGUGUGUCUGCAGCCAAUCCGAGGGGUCGAAGGAUCAGACUACAUCAAUGCAAGUCAUAUUGACGGUUACAGACAGAGGAAUGCCUACAUCGCCACCCAAGGACCUCUGGCCGAGACGACGGAAGACUUCUGGAGGAUGCUCUGGGAACAGAACUCGACCAUCAUUGUCAUGCUGUCUAAGCUCAGAGAGAUGGGAAGGGAGAAAUGUCAUCAAUACUGGCCCGCUGAGAGGUCAGCUCGUUACCAAUACUUUGUGGUUGAUCCAAUGUCAGAAUACAACAUGCCUCAGUAUAUCCUUAGAGAGUUCAAGGUCACAGAUGCCAGGGACGGACAGUCAAGAACGAUCCGACAGUUCCAAUUCACGGACUGGCCAGAGCAAGGAGUGCCAAAGUCGGGAGAAGGCUUCAUUGAUUUCAUCGGUCAAGUUCACAAAACUAAGGAGCAGUUUGGCCAGGAAGGACCAAUAACAGUACACUGCAGUGCUGGAGUGGGUAGAACAGGAGUCUUCAUCACCCUCAGCGUCGUCCUUGAGAGGAUGCGAUACGAGGGCAUCGUUGACAUGUUCCAGACCGUCAAGAUGCUGAGGACUCAAAGGCCUGCUAUGGUACAAACAGAGGAUCAGUAUCAGUUCUGCUAUCAUGCUGCACUGGAGUACCUUGGUUCAUUUGAUCACUACACAUAGACUCCUUCCCAGUCUCCACCUUGGAGCACCUAUCUAGCAACAGUACUCCAAAAGACAAUGAAAUAUUAGAGAGGUACUUACUAUACACCUGGGGUUCAAAGUCUAUAUUUUGCACUCAGACAGAAUGAGAGAUCUCCACUUUCAAGAAACUUGAGCAAAUAAAGUGGACAAUUUUUUUUUUACAGUGAUUUUGUCUUCUACCCCACGGUUGAUAUGUUAGCUGUGUAUAAACUUCUUGAAAAUGGCGGAUGGGAGUCCGUCGUUCAGUCAUCAAACGUCCUUCCAAGAACGGAUUGUCGCAAGACUUGGUAGAAAGGAUCUUAUCUAUGCAUAUGCUUCAGCCCGGACAGAGCAUUGAAGGUUGUAGCAAUACGGACAAGUACUUCAAACUAGUAAAAACAUUGAUCGACAGCAAGCAUAGCUUGGAGUAUCAUACGGCCAGAAAUGUUACAAUAGAAUCUUAAUGCACCAAUAAGAUGCUUCACAGGCAAAAUUAAACUGAAGUUACUUGUCAGAGCUAGUUGUAUUCAUAUUCAGUCAUGCUGCCUGCUUUUGUAGUCACCGCUUUCACUGUGUUUUUAUUUUGCAAAUGAGGAACAGAUACUGUGCACUGAGUUAAGCAUUGACUGAUAUAUUUAUGAGAGAUUUUCGUCAAGCACUGGUAGUGUUUAUAGAGAGGAAGAAUAGCAUCGACUCGCUUCAGUUGGUUGGAGCGCAAGACUUAAGAAUACUGUUAACAUAGAACUGAUGGAUGCAGGAGUGUUGUCCAUGCAUCGGACAAGAUCUCUCAAAAGUGGAUUUCAUAUCGAGUAUGGAACAAGCAGACUAUUUUUAUAAAACAGACAUGGUCACAAGAAGUGGAUUAUGGAUGGUGGCACCAGGCAUAGGUUCUUUGGAUUGGCUAAUGUUCGUCAACAUGAUAAUGAGUAUCACAGCAUAUAGAUUACUAGAUGAUUUGGUAUAUCACAAUGUUUAUUCUAGGUAUCAAUGAUUAUUGUCACAUUCGAAUCACGUAGCAUGCAUCGGAUUUUGACAAUAGGCGUUUGACACGAAAUGAAAUGAGUAGAUUUGUGUUAGUACAUACUUUAAGAUGUUCAGAACUUUACUUCCAUUCGUAACACCAUGUUUCUUUUUAACCAUUUUCAAAUCACUGAUUUUAAAUCAAAUUAUUAUUUGAAUUAAAAAUCCUUGAUUUUAACACCAUGUUUUUGUUUUCAAAUCACUGAUUUUAAAGCAUUGAUCUCAAAUUAAAAACCCUUGAUUUUAACACCAUGUUUUUGUUUUCUAAUCACUGAUUUUCAAAGCAUUGAUCUCAAAUUAAAAACCCUCAAUUGUAACACCGUGUUUUUGUUUUCAAAUCACUGAUUUUGAAUAAAAUCAUUUAUUUCAAUUAAAUCCCCCAAACUUCCAAAACAAGAUAUCAAGUCAUUUCAACAAUUUUGUAGGAUCACAAAGCUUGAUUCUGGAGAUAGAUUUAGGACAAUAGGACUUACAUUAGGUAUUUAGUUUGGGAUUCCAACAUACAUGAUUAGCAUGUGUAAUUUAUGUGAGUACUAAAAACUUCUAAUAAAACAUGGGUUUGUGAGUUUUGAUUUUUAUCAUAAAUGUAUAAGUACUAUACUAGUCCAUGUACUAAAACACAAUUAGUGACUCGUAUGUUUGAAUGAAAAAAAAUGACAUGCAAGUGGUUUAGCUGCAUGGAUGCAGCAGAUUAUGUGUCCAGACGAAAAAUAUACCAAGGAAGUUUUUUUU